AUGGAAUUGAUCCAAUGCUUCUUCAUAUUGUGUUAUUAUUGGUUAAAAUCACUCAUUGUAACAAUAUUUUAUCAAAAACCACGAAAAAAUUUAAAAGAUGAAAUUAUUCUUGUUACUGGUGCUGGUUCUGGAUUAGGACGAGGUAUUGCUCAACGUUUAGCGUCAACAGGAGCAACAUUAGUAUUAUGGGACGUAAAUGAGAGAGGAAACAAACAAACUGCAAUAGAUAUCGUAGAACAAAACGGAAAAGCGCAUGCAAUGAAGUGUGAUUUGUGUAAUCGAGCAGAAAUAUAUCGUCUUGCCGAACAAGUUCGUGAUCAAAUUGGUACUGUGACAAUGAUUAUUAAUAAUGCUGGAAUUGUAUCGGGUACUCCUCUAUUGGAUACCGAUGAUGAGUCAAUCAUACGAACAUUUGAUGUGAAUGUUCUGGCUCAUUUUUGGGUACUCAAAGCUUUUCUUCGUCCAAUGAUAGAUGCUAACUACGGUCACAUUGUCAACAUUGCAAGUGGAGCAGGCAUUUUUGGAAUGAAUCAUUUAGUUGAUUACUGUUCAUCAAAAUUCGCGGCUGUUGGCCUACACGAAUCUCUAACUGAUGAAUUGCGACAAAGUCGUUCCAAUAUACAAACAACAGUAAUCUGCCCAUCAUUUAUUAACACUGGGAUAGGUACCACAUCAGCCGUCUUAGAUCAAGAAGAGGUUUGUGAUCAAAUCGUUGAAGCUAUUGUGACGAAUAAGCGAUUUGUUAUGCUACCACAACAAACCAUGAUUUUUUACGCGUUAAAAGGAUUGAUGCCAGAGGAAGCUGUCGCAAAAGUGCAAGAUUUUUUUGGUUUAUCCACUUCAAUGAACACAUUUGUUGGAAGAAAUGAUAAAAAACAUACAUAA